GCUCAGUCCUGGCGCGACGCUUGGAACGGACAGUUCUCGCGCGGUCGCUUUCUCCGCUUUCUGUGUCUACCUAUUCGCCUGCGCCUUCGAUUCGUCUCGUCGCUCUUUUAUUUUUUUCCCUCCUGCUUUCGUCAUUGUCGUCUCGUGGGUGAUCAUGAUCGUGGAGAAGCUGCAGUUUUGAGAGCAAACGUUCGCUUGCAGUUGCCGCCGCCGUCAUUGCCGCUGCCGCCGCUGCUGCUGCUGCUGCUGCUGCUGCUACUUCAGGAAGCGUGAAAAUCAACGAAGAGAAGAAAAAUGUGGGACCGGCUGUUCGAGCUGCACGGGCGCUUCUGCGCGGGUCACCCGCUGGAGGUGAUCGUCACUACGUUCACCCUGACGGCGUGCAUGCUCAACAUGGAGACCGGGGCCGCGGUGAGGGACACGAAGAGUUUGCCCGUUGCUCCGGCGGGACAUUGCUGGAACGGACGCUGCUCUACCGAACCGGACUUGAAUGCCGCGGACGUCAUCCUCAUGACAAUGAUACGCUGCUUGGCGAUUCUUUUCAGCUAUCACCAGUUCCGCAAUCUCCAGAACUUGGGCUCCAAAUAUAUCCUUGGAAUCGCAGGGCUCUUCACGAUGUUUUCAAGUGUCAUCUUUACCUCGAGCGUGCUGAACUUCGGUCGCAGCGAUAUUUCUGAUCUGAAAGACGCUCUGUUCUUUUUCCUGUUGGUGAUUGAUUUGAAUAAGGCGAGCAUGCUCGCUCAGCUGGCACUCAACUCCAAGAAUCAGGACGAGGUGCGAGCCAACAUCGCUCGAGGCAUGUCGCUGCUUGGUCCGUCGAUCACCCUCGACACUCUCGUCGAGAUUCUAUUGAUCGGCAUCGGCUCCUUGUCGGGUGUCAGGCGAUUGGAGAUACUCUGCGGAUAUGCUUGUCUCGGCGUUGUCGUCAAUUACGUUGUUUUCAUGACUUUCUAUCCUGCCUGCUUGUCCUUGGUACUCGAGCUUUCACGUAGCAGCAACAACAAGCUACACAUGCAUCACAGUAGCAGCGGCAGUUUGGUGAACGAAGAAGAUCAAAAGCCAAAUCCAGUCGUCGAACGUUUGAAGCUCAUCAUGAUCGCCGGCUUAUUCGUCGUACACGCGCACAGCCGUUGGCCAUUUCGUAAUGAGAACGCCGAAGAGCAAAUAGCCGAAACGGUGUCUCAAGUGAGCCCUGGCAUCCUCCUCACAAAUCGCAAUAAAACCGAAGCAACUCCCGACUUCCGUGGCUACCUGAUGAACUGGCUGUCCGUGAGUGCGGACAACAUUGUGAUUCUCAUCCUCCUCUUGGCACUAGCGAUCAAAUUCAUCUUCUUUGAGGAUCGCGGGGGUGAAAUCGUUCAGCAACUUCGCUUCGAGGAGAGCAAAAACGUCGAAAUGAAUUGCAGCGAGGUCGAAAACGAAUUGAAUCCAACGCUCGCAGCCAUGAGUAUGAGACCGAGAACGGCAGUGUUCUCCGACUGGGUUGAAGUUGGUAGUGAAGCUGAUGUUCAGGUGGUAGACAAGAGUGUGCAAACCGAGGAUAAGAUGUUGGAAUCGAUGAGCUCCAGCAGUGAGACUUUGUGCUCCAAGUCGGAUACCAUUAGAAGUAUCGAGGACUGCCUAGCUCUUUAUCGCUCAGAGCUGGGAGCUAAUGCCUUAACCGACGCAGAGGUCAUUCAACUCGUGAAACACCGACAUAUCCAACCAUAUCAGCUCGAAAAAGCCGUUGGCGACAUGGAACGCGGCGUGGGGAUUCGUCGCAUCAUUGUCGGCAAUAGUGGUGGUUUCUUGGAUGAUCUCAAAGAUCUUCCUUAUCACCAUUACGAUUACAGCAAAGUUCUUGGCUCUUGCUGUGAAAAUGUUUUGGGUUACGUGCCAAUUCCUCUUGGUAUCGCUGGCCCACUGAAAAUCGAUGGGGAAUUUUAUCAUAUUCCAAUGGCUACGACUGAGGGUUGUCUUGUUGCUUCGACGAACCGUGGAAGCAGAGCGCUCAUUGGCUGUGGAGUUACUAGCAGAGUUGUCGCCGAUGGUAUGACCAGAGGCCCGGUGGUGCGUUUCCCAGAUAUAGUGCGUGCAAGCGAGGCGAUGACGUGGAUGCAAAUACCCGAAAAUUUUGACAAGAUGAAAACAAGCUUUGACGAGACAAGUCGUUUCGCUCGUCUCACUAGAAUUCAAAUUCGCAUUGCUGGUCGCCAACUAUUCAUCCGUUUCGUCGCGAAAACUGGCGACGCUAUGGGCAUGAAUAUGCUGUCGAAGGGAACUGAAAAAUCACUGCACACAGUUCAAGAACGUUUUCCCGACAUGGAAAUUCUCUCACUCAGUGGUAACUUUUGCUCUGACAAGAAACCUGCUGCUGUCAAUUGGAUCGAAGGUCGUGGUAAAAGCGUCGUCUGUGAAGCUAUCGUACCUGCAGAAAUUGUAUCUUCGGUGCUGAAAACUACCACUCAUGCGUUGGUGGACGUGAACAUUAAUAAAAAUAUGAUCGGAUCUGCGGUUGCUGGAAGCAUCGGAGGAUUUAAUGCGCACGCCGCUAACGUUGUGACGGCUAUCUACAUUGCCACCGGGCAGGACCCCGCACAAAAUGUUGGCAGCAGCAACUGCAUGACCCUCAUGGAGCCUUGGGGUCCAGAUGGCAAUGACUUGUAUGUAUCGUGUACAAUGCCAAGCAUCGAAGUUGGCACGGUCGGCGGUGGCACCGGGCUUCCCGCACAGGGUGCUUGCCUAGCUAUGCUAGGUGUGAAAGGAGCUCACGCCGAAACUCCUGGACAGAAUGCAGAUAAGUUGGCGAGGAUUGUCUGCGCGGCUGUGCUUGCCGGUGAGCUUUCUCUCAUGGCUGCGCUUACGGCUGGUCAUCUGGUCAAGAGCCAUCUUAGGCACAAUAGGUCGACAACAAAAGUAACCAGUGUGUUGACCUCGAUGUCGUCUCCACGACGAGAGCAAAGCAUCAACUUGACUGUGCCAAAUACGCUGCCCGCGUUCCAGCCAACCUGUACAAAUGCAACCCAUGGCUCGUAGCGCUAGUUUAGAACAAU